AUGACUGACAACUCUUUACCUCAAGACUUGGAAAAGGGUAAUUCAUCCCAUCUACAAGGGAAUAAUGGUUAUUCCUCCACUGAAUUUGAUCAACCUCAAUUACAAGAAUCAACUGGUAACCCAAUCACAAAAAUUACAACUUCUCCAAAUGGUGAUAUAAUUUAUCUAGGAAAUCAAUCUUUCCAUAGACAUGAAUUAGUUAAUGCAUUUGCUGGUGAUUUAAAUCCUGGUUUACAUCGUCAACCGUUCCGUCCAAUGGGUAAUCCUGUCCCAUUAGGCUUGUCUGGGUUUGCUGUAUGUUGUUUUGUCGUUUCUUUGGUUAAUUUACAAACUAGAGGUGUGGAGAAUGUUAAAAUUAUUGCCUCUUGUGCCCUAUUUUUCGGUGGUGUUAUUGAAGUUAUUGCUGGAUUAUGGUGUUUGGUUAUCGAAAAUACAUUUGCUGCAACUGCAUUGGGUAGUUAUGGUGGGUUCUGGAUGAGUUAUGGUGCUUUAAACAUCGAUGCUUUUGGUAUAGUUUCAAGUUAUAAAACUCAAGAAGAGUAUACUAAUGCAUUGGGUUUGUUUUUGGCGGCUUGGUUUAUAUUUUCAUUUUUGAUGUGGUUGUGUACUUUUAAAGCUACUUGGCCAUUCUUUAUCUUGUUUUUCUUCCUAUGGACAUUUAUCUUGAUGUUGUCUAUUGGUUAUUUGGAAAAUUCAACUGGUUGUAUCAAAGCUGGUGGUGCUUUGGGUAUUUUGGCCACUUUUACAGCUUUCUAUAUUAUUUUGGCGGGUGUUGUUACAAACUCAAACUCUUACUUCACUAUCCCAGCUUUACCAAUGCCAGGUGCUCCAACAGUUUAG